CAGUUUAAGAUCCGAAAGGCCCCCUUUUGUGGUUAAAGUAAGCUUUACGGACACAUACAAAAUGUCUCUCUCUACCUCCGAGGCCGCCUGCGUUUACGCUGCUCUUGCUCUCCAUGACGACGGUGUCGAGAUCACCGCCGACAAGCUGAAUGCCCUCAUCUCUGCUGCUGGCAUUCAGAUCGAGAGCAUCUGGGCCACCAUCUUUGCCAAGGCUCUCGCUGGCAAGGACAUCGGUGCCUUCCUCCUGAACGUCGGCUCUGGUGCCGGUGCCGCCCCCGCUGCCGCUGCCGCCCCCGCCGCCGGUGGUGCCGCCGCUGCCGCUGCCCCCGCCGCUGAGGCCAAGAAGGAGGAAAAGAAGGAAGAGGAGGAGGAAGAGGAUGAUGACAUGGGCUUCGGUCUCUUCGAUUAAGCGCUUUGCUAGUCGCCGUCAAUUGAAUACACUUCCUCUUCUACACCA